UUCUUCCGUAGACUCUUUCGACAGCAUAUCUGCUGGGAAACCUGGCAGCUCUAGUUCUGCAACCGAUAUAGGCGGUCACAACCGCCCUUCUCAUACCUCCUCUAUGGCCCUGGAUGCUCCAAGUGUGGAUGCGAGUGACUCCGAGUCGACCAUAUCGAUGGCCAUCUCCGAGUCGCCCGCGUACAAGCGCCUCAUGGCCGAUGCCUCAUCAAGUGAUGAAGAAUCGCUGUAUGAGAGCUUGUACGAGUCAGCAGUUGAUCAAGAUGAAAAGUCGAAAGCAGCGACGGAUGACGACAUGGACGUCGAUGCUCCUCUCCAUACACUUAACCACCUUGAUCUGGCCUCCUCUGUCAAAGGAUUGUACAGGAUCCUUGAUCUGAUUACCGAACAAGGCAGCGGCGGGCUGGUCGACAAGAUCAUCAUCUCUCAAGAUUCAUUGAAAGCUUUCAUCAAUGGUGUUUGUCCUGGCGCAUAUGCGUCCCUGACGAAGGUUAAUUUUAAGGCAUUGGAUCGGUAUAUUGUAAAACCCGUCGGCGUGUAUGGAAGCAAAGAAGAGAUCGUCCGAUUCCUUUCAGAGCUUCAGGUUGUUGAUGACGUUUUGGCUGCACAACUACUUGCAGACCCGAGUAUUGCUGGACCAACGAAGCCCACCCUUCGAUCAGGUCUCUACCUUCUUCGACCAACGGAACCGUAUGGUCAAACGGAACAAAUCUUCGUCGUAUACUGGCCUCAGGAAAACACAUGGGAUGACUCUGCCGCCUCCCAAGUCCGCCGAAAUCGUGUGACCUUCAUGAGAUACCUCACAAAAAUGUGUGACCAGGUCGUUGCGUUAAUCUCUUCCGCGCACGCACAGACUAUUGUCUGGAAUGACGGAGAUGAGGAUGAUGACGAAGCCAGGGACGAAGAUGAUGAAGGAGAUAGAAUCAUUAACUGUGUUGUGGACAGAACGACCGAGCAGGAAGAAUCAGUGCAAGUGCGAGAAGGCUUUAAGGUUCCAUCUGGCUCCAUCGCCUACGCGAACUCAGCGUCAGAAGCAUCCGCGGAGCAAUGCUCAACGAAACCAUUUUUGCUCUUCGGGGAGACUGCUCAAGGUUUUAUGACCAUACGACACCAGCCGGCUAAACGCGUAUCCGAGACUUUCAGGGCGCGGCCUUUCACAGCUCUGCAACUAGAAAGUUACCUCAUGUCCGAUCGCCUUUGCAUCAGUGAAUCACUGGAUGAUGAUGCGUUGAAUAUACUACUCCGCAGUGGCCUGAGUAAACGUUUUCCUAGCGAAUGUGACAAGUGGACACACGAGUCGACCGCCGUUGGAGCCCGAUGCAAGAGAAUGCAAACGGAUGAAUGGGCGAAAAUGAGGGCUACUCUUAACAAAGAAGAAGAAAACUUAACUUUAGCAAUCCACGAGGCCGUCGUGAACGCAGCUUUGGACUUAUAUCCUUUCCUCGAACGAGAAUCAUUUCCUCGUCCCGGAGCGCAUCAAGCGGACACGCCAGUGUCCUUCCGGGAAAUCGUCGAGCUUUAUCCCAAAGCGGAUGGGGUUUUUCAGCGGAACAUCAAACCGGUGGCGAAGAUCGAUACCCGAAAGUUCAGAGACAUUAAGGAUCGGUUAUGCCUUUUUGUCGAGUUUACUUCUCGUGCGGGCGAAAUCAGUAAAAACAAGCGUCGCGAGAUUGCGAAAGCUGCUGUGAAGGAAGGGUUUAAAGCCGCUCAAAAUGCCCUGCGGGAUGCUUUCAAAAUUUCGCGCGCCGCCCGGCUCUAUGAUAACUACGUUGCACCGGUCUUCUCUGGUGCAAAAGAAGACACGAAGGCUGCUUUCGCAGAACGUAUUCUCUGGGAAGCUCGUGACAAAGCGAACGAUAUCUCGGACAGCCGGUUCUUAAAGGACAUUGUCAAGGCAGAAGUUAUCCAGGAGGAUUCAGAGUUGACAACUUUGGUCCACGAAGCAAAUAUCCUGGUACAACCGUACUUGGGCACUACGAUACCCCAUGUCGUGAAGAAACUUGUCGGGUCGAUCAGAAACACUCAGGAAGACACAAUAAGAGAAGGGAUCAAAGCCGCUACUGAAAGCCGAGAGGAACAAGAGAAGCGCCAGCUCAGAUUGCAAUUAAUUCGCCAUGUUAAUGAUUCGACGAGCCAAACCCAGCCACCACACACCCUCAUCAUCCAAUCGGUUGAAGAGAAUAAAUCGUACUACUCGUACUAUACCUCCUCAGCACAAUGCAAAGUCUCGGGUGUGCGAGAGACCCAAGAGGAUCCCAUGACGUGUUUUACAAUUCAUACCAUGAGCCUCACGGAGCAGGACAAACAUGACUUACAGUUGGACGCAUCCAUCAUUCCUUCACCCCGUUUUCGUUUCGAGCAUAAAUUCCGAUUAACUCAGGGGUACACAGUUUUGCGUGCGCAGUUGCUCGACGGGGAGAAGUUACUGCUGAUUGUCACAGACCGUGUUGGCAAUUUGACGGUCUAUCUCGAUCACCUAACCGCUAUCGAUGCAGCGAUUACACGAGGGCGCGGAAAAAUUUUGAACCGCGAGAAGAUCGGACAAGAUUUCGUCUUGGCAUUCGACGAGUCCAAGCGGAUGCUAAGCAUCCUCUCUUCCGACAAGCUGCUACUACACAUCUUUGUGUACGACGACGCACGAGGUUUCCAAGCAGUGGGAAGUUCUAUCAACUUGAACCCAUGGUACAACGAAGGGACAUCCAUCCGUCACUCAUGUUUUGUCAGUGGCAGUGAAGAGCUAUUGCUCGUAGACUCUCAGGCGCAGGCUAGGAUAUACUCCCUGGUUACGAUGCAGUUUCGACCCGCGACUCUCAACCUCCACCACGUCCCGUCAAGCGUACAUUCCGCACCAGACGGGUCGUGUGUACUGGUUUCACAUGAGAAUGGAACUGGCCAUGCACUGACCGCGUAUCACUGGGAUUCUUUUGGAUCGACAGAGGGCAUCGAGCUUAACGUGCCCAGCCUUCCAGUUGGCGAGCCGUUCGUGGUCACAUCACUAGUCUCCAAGUCGGCCGUUCACCUUUUGUGGCUUGACUUUUCUGCUGGGCGAUGUCAAUCUUAUGCGUUGGACAUCACCCGCCGGGUUACCGAGUUCAUGUUCCGAGAGAGGAUUGGUCGCAAUGGGUCCAGACGAACGGAAAAUACGACAGCGCACAAUUGCCUGGUAGACUGUCACUCGGAGGUCUGGAUUCGUUUCCCAGUCCUCGCUGCGGUGCAACGGGAGACUAUUUCCUCUGCCAGUCUUCGGAGCCAGAGAAGUCUGGUCUUCGUUACCGACCGUGACUUUCAAAUGUUUGCACAGCAUUUUUCCGAUAUGAUCUACAAUUUCGAGCGCACGAGUAAGAAGCCUACUGGUGAUGUCCUCAAAUCUGUCAAGGUAUCAGCUGCCGCCUUUUCUGUCUUCGUGCAAGAGCUAUGCGGCACCACUCCAUGGAACGUCUCGCAGUAUAGGGCAGGCGAAUGGAUUGUCGAUUUCCUGUGUCUGAUCCCAAUUCACAUCGCGUUGACUAAAGAAAAUCGCUUUAUCCCGCUCAAAGAUGGCGUAUAUUCCACAGAGUUGGAAGAGAUCACUUUUGGGUGCCGAGGUGAAUCGCAUCGUAGACAGUAUCUCCUUCGGGUGGUAUGAGUCUCUCUUUCAGUCCUAUAUGGCAACCAAGCCCGUUCGAGUGGUGUCUUCCAUGGGAGAACAAUCUGUUGGGAAGAGUUAUGCUCUUAAUCAUCUCGUCGACACAUCAUUUG